UGCUGCUGCCCACGCCUGGCCACCAUCGCCACUGCUGCCCCAGCCCCAGUACCAGGCUCCCAGCCAUGGCCCACCCGGUGCUUUUGCUCAGCCUGGGUCUCUUGGCCUGCCUGCUGCCGGCGCUGGCCGCCUGCCCUCAGAACUGUCACUGCCAUGGUGACCUGCAGCAUGUUAUCUGUGACAAAGUGGGGCUUCAGAAGAUUCCUAAGGUGUCCGAGAAGACCAAGCUGCUGAACCUACAGCGCAACAACUUCCCAGUGCUGGCUGCCAAUUCGUUCCGUGCCAUGCCGAACCUCGUGUCGCUGCACCUGCAGCACUGCCAAAUCCGAGAGGUGGCGGCUGGUGCCUUCAGAGGCCUCAAGCAGCUCAUCUACCUGUACCUGUCCCACAACGACAUCCGAGUGCUGCGUGUUGGUGCCUUCGAUGACCUGACCGAGCUCACCUACCUCUAUCUGGACCACAACAAGGUGACUGAGCUACCCCGGGGGCUGCUCUCCCCGCUCGUCAACCUCUUCAUCCUGCAACUCAACAACAACAAGAUCCGAGAGCUGCGUGCAGGUGCCUUCCAGGGCGCCAAGGACCUGCGCUGGCUCUACCUGUCUGAAAAUGCACUCAGCUCCCUGCAGCCCGGUGCGCUGGAUGAUGUGGAGAACCUUGCCAAGUUCCACCUGGAUGGGAACCAGCUGUCCAGCUACCCCUCUGCUGCUCUGAGCAAGCUUCGGGUGGUGGAAGAGCUAAAGCUGUCCCACAACCCCCUGAAGAGCAUCCCUGACAAUGCCUUCCAGUCCUUCGGCAGAUAUCUGGAGACCCUCUGGUUAGACAACACCAACCUGGAGAAGUUUUCAGAUGACGCCUUCCUGGGUGUGACCACAUUGAAACACGUCCAUCUGGAGAACAACCGCCUCAGCCAGCUCCCCUCCAGCUUCCCUUUUGAUGGCCUGGAGACCCUCACGCUCACUAACAACCCUUGGAAGUGUACUUGCCAGCUCCAGAGACUUCGGCGGUGGCUGGAAGCCAAGGCCUCCCGCCCAGAUGCCACCUGCAGCUCACCCUCCAAGUUCAGGGGUCAGCGCAUCCGGGACACGGCCGCCUUCCGCAGCUGCAAGUUCCCCACCAAGAGGUCCAAGAAAGCCAGCCGCCAUUAAACAGGUGGG